UCCGCCUCUCCUUUCUGAUUGACCGACAUCGUACUGCGAAUCUGAAACGCAAGGACUCUCCUGUGGUCUGUUCUAGCAGUUUCUGCCACUGAGAUCGAGGACGUCCGUCGUCAAUUACCCCCUCUUCCGAACAAGAAGGCCCAGAAUCUUGACUGUAUUCGCGAUAUCCCAACUCCAUCAAAGGCGUCAUCGCAACCAAUCAAUACCUUCAAGAUGGGUUGGUUCGACGGAAAAUCUUCCUCGUCCGGCUACUACGUCCGCCGACGCUCACCUUCUCGCCGGUCGACCUAUUCCACGCAUCACGCGCGACAUUCAGCGCCGUCGAUUUUCAGCCUAGGCGGUGGCAGCACGCGCGGCGGCGGCGGACGCUCCAGCCCGUCCGUCUUUUCGUCGUAUUCGUCUUCAUCGCGGCGUGCGCGACCCCGAUCUGGCUUCGUGCACCGUGUGGUGCGCUACAUCAAACGCCUGCUUCGGGACAUCUAUGACUAUGCGCGUCGCCAUCCGUUCAAGGUCCUAAUCAUGGUAGUCAUUCCACUGCUUACCAGCGGCGUGUUGCAGAAGCUGCUGGGCAUGAUUGGCAUUCGCAUACCCAAGAGCUUGGGAGGUCUGGCAGGCUCUGGGGGCCUUGGGGGGCAUGGAGGACAUGGAGGGCAUGGCUCCAGGGGCGGCGAGAAUACCAUGGCAGACAAUCUCAAGGGGCUGAUGAGCGUCGCGAAGAUGUUUAUAUAGUCGACCAAAUACGCAAGAGUAGAAGUGAGGAAAGAAGGAAAGAAAGACAGAAGGAAAGAAAGAAAGAAGGAAGAAAUAAAGAAGGAAGGGACAGUCCCCAGGAAUCACCAGCGAAACAUAUUCCAGGGCUGAAGUUUCCACGUGCUUUAUGUGAUGAGAACGAUCAUGUAUGAUCACGAUGAUGAUGACGACAUGACAUAUCUCCGGUUUCACUCAUUACCGGCUUACUUUCGAUUCAUUAAAUCGCUCAAGAGCGCGAUUACUUUUUGUGGUUUUAGAUGAAAG